AUCUCAAAGGAUAAGAAGCCCCCCCCUUUCUUUGCCUUUUCUCUCAAGCUUUUUCCCCCUUUCUUAUUUAACUCAUCUUUUAAAGAAUCAAUAAUCCAUCUAGGCUUCAUUUUGAUUUCCAUUUCUGUCAAGGAUCAAAAGCAACAACACACCCUUCUUUUCAUAACAAAAAUCAAGAAAUCUUGAAGAAAUUACAGAGGAUGGAUAUGAUGAUGUAUUACCCACUUGGGAGGUGUUCUUAUGAAGAUUCUUUGAAGGUUAUUGAAGCCGAUAUACAACAUGCUAAUGCUUUGGCUGCUGCAAUUCCUAGAGCCAAAGAUGGUGCGAGAUUUCAAAUGAAAUUAGUUCACGAUCAGUUGACGCCUCUCAUUAUGUUCUUGCUACAAUGGAUAGAUUCUUCUUGCACAUGUCUCUUGCCGAGAUAUUUGAAUCUUUUCCAUGUUAUUGUCUAUAAGGUAUACACCGAUGGGAGACCAAAGAUUUCUAGACAUGGAAGGAAGGCAACCGUUGGUGACUUUUAUGCCGUCAUACUGCCAUCUCUUAGAAGGCUACAUUACGAUCUGGUGGAGCUCGAUGAUGUUGCUAAAGUUGGAAGCUUGGAAUUGAAGAUAUCUGGCCAAAGAAACCUAGAAAAAGAUGACGGGUUCACUAAUGUCGAUUUGGAAAGAGAAGAUGAAUGCGGGAUUUGCUUAGAACCUUGCUCCAAGAUAGUCUUGCCGAAUUGCUGCCAUGCCAUGUGCAUCAACUGUUACCGUGAUUGGAACUCAAGAUCAGCAUCAUGUCCGUUUUGCCGGGGUAACAUAAAGAGAGUGAAGUCUCGAGAUUUAUGGGUUCUCACGUGCAACGAUGAAGUAAUUGAUGCCGAUCUUGUUUCCAAGGAGGAUCUGGUGCGUUUCUAUCUAUACAUCAAUAAUCUCCCUAAAGAUUCACCGGAUGCCCUUUUCUUCAUGUUCUACGAGUAUCUAAUAUAAGUUUGGUUGCUGGAUACGGGACCCUCGUAGUAGGCUGGACUGCGAUGAUGAAAUUAGAGAAGAAUUUAUUGUAUAGAAACAAAAAAGCCGACCCUUAGAAAUGUAAAUAGAGUCCGGUUGUAAGUAUAUUUUCGUUAAAAUUGUUACAUGAUAAUAAAUAAAUACACAUUUCCCUUGUAUUACGUGUCCAAAUUUCUAACUAUGUACGAGAAAAACCCCAAAAAAAUAAAAAAUUGAGGAAGGUAAUCAUUCAUUUGGACGGUA